GAGCACCAUGGUUCACGCUGCUGAAGUUUUCAACCUGUUGCGAGAACGCGCGGGAGGAAGCCGAGGUCUGAGAACUGUGUCGUUUUUAAACAAAACCAAUCUUGGUAACCGAUUGCUGACCAAAUGGCGUCGGAAGACAUCAACGAGCUGACAGAGGCACUGGCCAGAACGCAUGUGGGUGAUGGAGAGUUAAGCUAUAAGGGACAAGGCCUGAAAUUGGACAAUGCGGAAUCUGUUGCUAAAAUCGUGCGUGCCAUAGAGGAGUUCCAGGGACUGCGAGCUCUGAGGCUUGAAGGAAAUACUAUUGGGGUUGAGGCAGCACAAGCAAUUGCUAAGGCUCUGGAGAGCAAAAGUGAAUUGCAGAAAUGUAACUGGAGUGACAUGUUCACAGGGCGCCUCCGGUCUGAAAUCCCUGCUGCCCUGAGAUCGUUAGGCAGUGCCUUGAUGACAUCAGGAGCCAGACUUACUGAACUGGACCUGAGUGACAAUGCCUUUGGGCCAGACGGGGUAAAGGGCAUUGAAACCCUUCUGAAGAGUCCAGUCUGUUACACCCUUCGCAAACUGAAACUCAAUAACUGUGGCAUGGGUAUUGGAGGAGGCAAGAUCUUAGCAGAUGCACUGAUUAAGUGCCAUAAGAAGUCCAGUGCCACAGGCGCCCCCCUGAGUCUGAAGAUGUUCAUUGCAGGCAGGAACCGUUUGGAGAAUGAAGGCGCCAAGGCACUGGCCAAGGCUUUCCAGUUGAUGGGCAGUCUAGAGGAAGUCCAUAUGCCACAAAAUGGGAUCAACCACAAAGGCAUAACCGCUUUGGCUGAAGCCAUGCUGCAGAACCCUAAUAUCCGAGUACUGAACUUCAAUGACAACACCUUCACCAAGAGAGGGGCACUGUCAAUGGCUCAGGCCCUCAGGAACCUCCGCAACGUCGAAAUAAUAAACUUUGGUGAUUGCCUGGUGCGGUCUGAAGGAGCUAUCGCCAUCGGUGCUGCACUGAGGGAUGGACUGCCCAUUGUCAAGGAGCUGAACCUGUCCUUUGGUGAACUGUCAGAGGCUGCGGCGCUGGUAGUAGCCAGAUGUGUGAAAGACAAAACCCACCUGGAGAAGUUGGAUUUGAACGGUAACUGCUUUGGUGAAGAAGGCUGCGAAGCAGUUAAAGAGGCUGUGGAGAGCAUGAACAUGGCAGACAUGUUGGGCUCACUCAGCGAUGAUGAAGGUGAGCCAGAUGAAGAAGAUGAUGAUGUCGAUGAAGAAGAAGAUGAGGAUGAAGAUGAUGACGAAGAAGAAGAAAUAGGGGAACAGAGUGGCGAAGAGGAGUUGGAGGAGAGUGGUCUGGGUGAAUCAAGCGCUAAUGGAAGCCCUGUGAAGCCAGACCCGGUGUCACCCACCUGUUGUCCAGAACUCCAGGCCUUCCUCUCUUCACCCACAGCAGAGAAGCUUCUGGAUCUUGGAGCCAAAAGGACACUUCUCAUAGAGCAGCAGGUGGAUUACUCCGAUCAUAGCAAGACUGCUGAUGCUUUUCUGAAGAUUUGCUCUGUGUAUAAAGAGGAACCUGAAGUGAAGAAAGCAGUCUUGGAAACCACAGAUGCGCUUUUGAAGAAGGCUCUAUCAGGUUCCUGCUUUCAGUCCUACAGCUUCCUCUCCUCUCUUAUGGUGAUGUUGGGGUUGUUGAAGGGAGAGGGCAGGGCUCAGAGGGUGAGUGUGAUGCCUGGUCACCUGUUGGCGCUGUCGCAUUCUGUGGAGCAGGAGUACUUCCCUCUGGACCAUGCAGAUGUGCUUCAGGCCUUUGUGUCAAAAAGUGGCAAAGCCUUAACCAGCUGUAGCAGUGCCCGUGAGACCCUACAGGCCGUACUGGACAGAAGGACUGCUGCUUAAGAGACCAGAGCAUGGAAGCUUCAUGGAGGAGCCUGGCAACCAUUGGACUGCCGAUCUCAGAAAAGGCUGCUGAAACGCAACAAAUGUACUUUGAUAGCUCUUUGAGAUUCCCCCGUGGUUUAUUUUGUAGAAACGUAGCAUUUUAACUGUAGUGAUGAGUUUAGUAAGACUUGUUUUUGCAACCGAACCCACAUCCUCCCAUGCCCAGAGGUGAAAACCACUCACAUAUAUCCACACAGCACAUGCAUCUUGUGUGUGUAACACAAAGAACAUGCGGCUAGCCUUUUCAGCUCACAGCGCUCUACUUUAUCACAGUGUCUUUGAUCGCAAACUCAAAUACAGGUCACCUUGAGGACCAUACAUCUGUUUAUGUAGAUUUGAAAAAAGACUGAAUAAUACGACUUAAGAUAUGCGACUGAGUGCCUCGUUUAUAUAUGAAGUGUAGAUCAGGACGAGGGGAGUUUUGGGUGUAAUCAAAAAUGGAGGUCAUUUUGUUUUUAUUUUACAUGUUAAUGUAUAUUUUUAUAGUUAAAGGGGAAAAAAUAAUAAAAAGUGAAACAAUAGACAUAAGGUGAACAGGGAAGAAAACAUAACAAAGGUGACUACUAACCAUUUUGCGUGUUUUUCUAUUGUGCAGCACUGCUUUACACAUUCCAAUUUCAAUUCUAUUUGUUUUUUAAAUUGAUUUUAAUUUGUGAAAAUAAUUAUGUGAGUGUACAUAUGCAUUUUAGAAAGCAUUUGACAAUAACAAAAUAUAUACUCAGGUGACUGAAGUAGGGAAAGAAAUUAAAGCAAGGUUGCUGAUGCAUGCCUUGAUAACAUUUAACUCACCUUACAAGAAGGAUCAGGUAUAAGAGAGUUUAGGUAUAAGUUUGUCUUGUGCACAUUAUCAAGCUAUGACCAUGAUAUAUUUGUAUUGAACUGGUUCAUGUUUGUGGUUUGUAUCGACUUUAACAUGCUCAGUGCCACUCAAUUAAAUGGAUACAAGUGCGUUUACAUUUUAAA